AUGGCGAAGGCGUUUUACGCGGUAGGUUUCUGGAUCCGGGAGACCGGUCAGGCCCUCGACCGCCUCGGCUGUCGCCUCCAGGGGAACUACUUCUUCCACGAGCAGAUUUCAAGGCAUCGCACACUUAUGAACAUCUUUGACAAAGCCCCUCAUGUUCACAAAGAGGCAUUUGUCGCUCCAAGUGCAUCCCUUAUUGGCGAUGUUGAAGUUGGGCAAGGGUCUUCAAUUUGGUACGGAUGCGUCUUAAGAGGUGAUGCAAAUAACGUUCAAGUUGGAUCUGGGACCAAUAUACAGGAUAAUUCUGUUGUGCAUGUGGCAAAAUCUAAUCUAAGUGGCAAAGUCUUUCCAACUAUCAUUGGCGACAAUGUCACAGUAGGGCAUAGUGCUGUAUUACAAGGAUGCACUGUUGAGGAUGAAGCUUUUGUUGGUAUGGGAGCUACCCUGUUAGAUGGUGUUGUUGUGGAAAAGCAUGGGAUGGUUGCUGCUGGAGCCCUUGUAAGACAGAACACGAGGAUCCCUUGUGGAGAGGUAUGGGGUGGAAACCCUGCAAAAUUUCUGAGGAAGCUCACAGACGAGGAGAUCGCUUUUAUUGCGGAAUCAGCUGCCAACUAUUCCAACUUAGCCAAGGCACAUGCUGUUGAGAAUGCUAAACCCUUGGAAAAGAUUGAUUUUGAGAAAGUGCUGCGCAAGAAAUUUGCUCACGAGGGCGAUGAACACGAUUCCAUGCUUAGUGUCACUCGAGAGGUCCCUCCAGAGCUGGCGCCCCCCAGUCCUACUCCUGCCCAAUAA